ACGCGCGUUCCAGAAAUGUAUCGCGUGUUCUCUGGUUCACGCGCAAUCUCACGUAUGUGUUUUGUCGGUGGUAGCGGAGUUGCUAGCUCAGAUCCAUUUCUCCGUGAGUUGUAUUUUUUUCGUCAUUUCUGCGCUCGCUAACUUUGUCAGACAGGAUGCAGAGUGCCAGUCCAGGGAGCCGGGACCUAGGAUACUUUCCCUCCAUGUUCUCUUCUCUUCCACACUUCACCGUUCCUGAUAUGAGCAUCUCAAAGGGACAAACCGGCGGCUCACUCCAUCUGCCGGGAAGCUCCAUGACCAACUCGAGCUGGGAGAGGAGAUGUCUGAGGAAGCACAGGAGAAGGACAGACGAUGAAGGCUGCAGCGCCAAAAGACAGAAGAUGAUGGACGUGGGCGAAUCCGAUGCCUUGGAGGACACAAGCUCCAGACCAGACCCAGGGUGGCUGGCUGAGUGCGCUACAGGUUCUCCCACAGUUCAGCACUGCACUACAGCCGUCCCACCGUGCCCAAACACACAGUACAAUCAGAACUCAUUACCUGCCGCCAGGGUGGAGACAGAGGGCUCCUGUAUGGAGGUGGAAGCAGCGCAGAGGAAGCUGCAGGAGAUUGAGAACAGAAUCACUCUGGAGGAUGACAGUGAUGAGGAUCUGGACAUAGAGCCGCCUCAGCGCAGACCCGUGCUUGUGCUGUCUGACAGCCUGAGGGAGGGGCUACAGCGCGGCAUCACCGACAUUCUCCCUCAUACAGUAGCACAAUCAGUGAGCCGUUCGUGUAUGGAGCUGGUGCUAUGGCGCCCCCCGGAGGACCCACUCACUCAGCAGCUGAAGGACUCUCUACAGAGACAGCAGCGUAAACAGCAGCCGGUGUGCAGACAGACCCCAACACCCAUCCCCAUCUCUAAAGGGCCGGAUGAACACACCUUCAGCCCCCUCGCCUGCCCUCCUGCGGCCUCCGGCUCCACAGAGGAGGACAUGGAGCUAUAGACUCGAGCCUGCGAGCGUGAAACUGACUUUUUCUGUCGAGCUUCGACCAGAGGGUUUUGGGUUGUGUCACUUCUGCCAAAACGUCAGAAAGUCGAACUCUUGUUUAUUGCACUAUGAAGAUGAAAUGCGAGUUUUGGUGCCAUGUCUUGAAUCAUAUAUUGUGUGUAUCCUUUGUUUGCAGCUUUGGACAGUAUUUUGUUGAUGAGAUAACCGAGUUUGUGUCGCAGGCACCACACUACUAACAUGCACGUCUACAAAUACUCACAUAACGCAGAUAUGAUGUAAGUGUGAUGUAAUGUGACAACGUGGCUGUUCAUUUCCAACUGUGCCAGUGAUUCACUAUACAGGAUCUUUACCAAUAUUUACGCUUCAGGUUGUCAUCACUAUCUCAUCAGUUCCGAUCUGUUCGCAAAAAAAUAAAUUUGACAGUAAAACUGAUUCAUACAUGGCAAAGCCAUAGAUAGAAUCAGACUCUGCAUAUCUGUAGCACCUUAUAACAAAUCCCACAUCUCCUUAGUGUUUUGUUCAACACUUCUUGGUACUGGGUGACUUGCAUUACAGUGUACUAUUAUCAGAAAACGUGUUAUCAAUAGUUCUUCAUCCAUGAGACGUCUUUUCAGGAGCUUACAGGUGUGUGUGCGAUAGGUAGAAUGAUCUGUUUCGGUCUCUAUCUGCAGCAUUUUUCGCAUGUGUGACAAGAAUUUCUGCAUUUCUCCAAGUACUGAAAAAAAGGAACAGAAAACCUUUUGAAUUAACACUCGCUUGUAAUGGAGGUGUAAGGGCAGUUGUUGUUGAGUAAGGAAUACAACAGUGUGUCAUGCUGUUACAGGAAAAUAAUCAACAGCGGGAUGGAGUGACAGUGAAGCGGAGUUACUGCUAGCACUCCACAUCCUGAAGUGUUUUAUUCCUCUUAUACUACAGCAGUUUACCUGCGAUUACUAUUAUGAUUUAUUAAACGACGAUGUCAUACUUUUUAUCCGUUUAUAGAUACACUUAUAAUGUUGUGGAAAGUGUGUUCAUAUUCUCUGUUAGGUUAUAGCAGCUAUAAACAGUCAUUCCCUCACCAGCCUGUCUUUUUUCCUCUCUCAAAUGUUCUGUUUUUAUAGUUACAGCUUUACCUCUAACUCUUACAAAGCGCUGACACUGGAGACUCCUUCCAUAAAUGGGCAGUAAACAUCUCCUCACAGAAAAUGUCACCACAUCAAUGAUUACACACAUUUUUUUUUAUGUUUAUGUAGUGCAUUGACCAUACAAGUCCCUUGAAUGCGUUGUUUCUAUAGUAGCUAUACCGUAAUGGAACGAUAACGAGCGCAUCGAUUCAUACAAACCUGUGAUUUGAUGUUGCACUACUGUCAGAGCUGCUGUUAUAGAAAAUUAAUCAACACCUUCUGACCAAACAGAAUUGAACAUUCACCUGAUAUUUUCGUAUGUUCUCUGUGCCAUAAGACCCACACAAGUACACAUUCUUCCUUGUAAAAUUGUUGUCUCUGAAAGGGUGAAUUAUACAGAUUUAAGGCUUCACGCAAGAAUUUGGGAACGCUACAAUGUCGGCAAUUCAUGUGACCGUUAACGUUAACAGACUGAAUUCAACAGCUGCCGUUAGACUUGUAUUAUAUACGAGGAUUAAAGUGAACAAGUUUUCUGUUCGUUUUUCAAUAUAGAGAAGAGUGCCAAAAUUCUUGGCUAAAACACUGUAUCACUUUAAUGUACAUGUACAAGUGUACUUUAAUGUACACUUUAAUGUACACAUCUGGAAGUUGUGACCUGCAUACUAUUUCUGCACUCAUGAUGUUUUUUUUUUUUUUUUAAAGAAAUGCUCUUCUUAUGUGAGCACAUCGUAUGAAAUGUUCCAUCCUCACAACUAAAUAAACUCAGAGUAAAAGGCAAUAUUGAAUUGAAUUGAGAAUUAUUAUAGCAACAAACCCGGGAACAUUCUGCUGUACAUCCACUAAGCCUGCACGUCUAAAGAAAAUGCAUAAAUGUGACAAAAUUUUGUGUCUUUCUUCUGGUUUGCUUUUCAGCUUUUUGAUUGUACAAUCACUUUAACAAGGUGUGUAAAGUCAGACCUGUUUUUCAAUAAAAUUAAAGAUGUACUUAUGAAA